UGGACCAAAAAGCCCCCACCAGGCCCAGUCUCAGGCUCUCUCCCUGCCUGCAACUUGAGGACCAUGUGAGCUCCCGACUACUGCUGCAGCCUGCCUGUUCUCAUGCUUCCUGUCAUGACUGGUCAUAGACUAACCCUCUCAAACUAUUCCCAUCUAUCAUGACAGCCAUCCGACUACGAGAAUUUGUAGAGCGUCGCCCAAUGGUUCCACCUAGUAUGUUUAUCUGUCACCAAGGAAGGGACGUCAGAGGCUAUCACCCUGGGCAACUGGCAAGACUCCAUUUUGAUUACAGCGCGAAGAGGGCUCCAAGACCCCUUAUAGACUUGGCAAUUCCACCCAAGAGCAAAACUCCGUACCAGCCUCAAUUAGACCAGCAAACACUCAUUCGAUACAUUUGUUUUGGAAAAUUGUCAAGGCCUACAGGCACGUGGUAUAAUGAAACAACUUACCAAAGAGACUACUCCCUGCCAUUUUAUGAGAUUGGUUUGGAUCAGAAAAUAGGCAUACUUUCAUCAAAUCCUAGACCUCUUAAUUCACUACCAGAAGUCUACUGCUGUGACGAGAGAAGUGGCUUUGCAAGAAACACCUUUUAAAACUCACAUAAAGUGUGGUAUUCCAAGAAAACAACUUUGGGCAUUUUUUUUUUUCUAAGUGCUCAUCUAUGGUAUCAGAGAAGAUCACUAGCCAAGGAAGAAGACUGGGAGACAACUGUGGGUCUUCAGUGGGAUUCGGGACUAGCAAAGAGGGGAAUUAAUGAAACUGUGCAUCCAGGAUUAUCCUCCUUCGCAACAACACACCCCUCUGGUAGGACUGUGAAGGUUUCUGUGGGAACCAAUUCUAACAAUCUUUAAAAAUAGGGAUGGGGCAAUUUUUCACAUCAAAAGCUACAACAUGCCAUCUAACAAGGGAUGUGUGAACUUGCUUAAGCAAUGAAUCUAUGUGGCACACCAGCUGCAACUGGGGAGCCAUUAGUUAAGUGACAACUACCAGGUAGCAACAAUCUACUGUUUUUCUCCCAAAACCCACAUGGGAGAGACGCAUGGGCUCUUUGGAAUCACAACUCUUACUUUAAUGUGGCAAUGACACCUCUAACCCCCAGGGAUAUUUAUGCUUUGGACUUAAGGAUUUCCUUAGGCAGAAGUAGUGCUAACAACUUCCAGGUAGCCUCUCCCACCAACUAGUCCCCAGCCACCAAUAUGGGAUUCUUCCAAAUGCUAAGCAGUAUUCUCAUUAAUCCUCCUGCAUCUGAAGCAAUGACAUCCCAGGUUCAGAGCCAUUAGACACAGCACACACCCACACCACCACAAAAGCCAAUCUAGAACCUGCCAGUUUCGAAUCUGGAAUCAGCCAGUUCUGAGCCAGUCCCCACAAAGGUGAGUCAUAUUUCCUUCAACACACACAAACAUUAGUAAAAGUCCAUAUGAUCUUUGGGGAGAAGUUGGAGUUAAUAUUAACAGUAGAUACUAUGGGUGACGAGCGAGGUCUUUAGGCGAGACCAAGCUCCCCUUCAUACAGACAGUACUAAGGAUGGAAUCCAGGGCCUUGGGAGUUCUAUGUGAGCGCUCCACCACCUGAGCUCUAUCUUCAGCCCCUAUAUAACCCCAUCUGUUUCUUCUAGCUAAAGGUACAACACUUAGACAAUGAAGUCUGAUUGUUUUUCAAUGGCUUUUUAUCAAUCUUUGCCUUUAAAUUGUAUCUAAUCCUCUUACACAGAUUGCCAACCACUUCCACUUCAGUUUACAGUUUGCCCUUUUCAUGGCCUACACCUUGGUAAAUAAUUGUUUGUUUGUUUUGUUUUUUUUUUUAAUUUUCAAGACAGGGCUUCUCUGUGUAGCCGAACUUGCUCUGUAGACGAGGCUGGCCUUGAACAGAGAUCUACCUGCCUGGCUUCAGACUCUUAAGCGAUUACCACAAAAAGUACAAAUUCAUGUUCUAAAUCUAGAUUUAAUACCAAUUUAGCAUUAAUAACAUACAAAAAUUCAGGUCCUAGCAGAAGCUGUCCCUACUUAUUGUCAAUUACAUUUUUAUAUAAAAUGUACCGCCAUCUUUUCCUUCAUCUUUUCCCAUGACAGUGCCAUAUUUUGAUUACAGUAGCUUUGUAAUUUAACAAGUGGUGAAGGCAGAACCUCCUGAGCCACAUGUGGUAUAGCACACACCUGGGAAGUAGGGUCCUGAAAGACCAGGCCAAAGUAAGGCAGAGCUACAUGGUGAUUUCCAGGCCAGACUGUCUCAAAUAAACACACACAACCCCUCACAUUAUCUUCUCAAAACUGUCUCAUGUCUAUCCUAAUUCUAUAGUAUCCAAUUAAUAUCAAAUAUGCAAACUAACCUUCCCUGCUCAAGCAUCUUGUGCUACAGCUGGGUAUGCUUAGCUCUUUGGUGACUCCCACUUGCAGUCAGUCAUUCAAUAGUCUACUAAAUUCUAAAACUUAGGUUUAAAGAUGUGUAUGCCCACCACAUGUGAGUGUCCAUGGCCAAAGGACAGCAUCAGACCCCGAGACCUGGAGUCACAAAACAGCUGAAAGUCACACAGUGUAGGAACUGAACUCUGAUCCUCUGAGAAAGCAGCAAGCGAUCCUAAGCUGCUGAGCCAUCUCUCGGUCCCCAAGCUCAGGUUUUCUGAUUUAGUAGUUCUGCUGCAGCUUAGCCAUAACAGGCAUUACAUUCUAACCCAUAGGACUCUGCCGCGUCCCUCAGUCUGCUGCCAACCCCACCCAGCCCCUUGCUAAUUUGGUUCGAUUUUUUCCACCUCUGCAGAAUCUAGAGUGGACCCUGAACAUUUUCCCUCAUGCUAAUUCAUCCAGUUAAUAUGUUUAAGCAUCUCCUAGGAGCCUUCUCUGGCCCUUGCCCAGACAUUUUGAUUAGGUUUCAUUCAUUUCACCAUGCAUGCUUCAUUGAAGCAUAUAACAUCAUUCAUCAAUGUUUAGCAUGCUGCCGCUACCAUAUCUUUCAUAACUGUACGUAACUGCCCCUGCUACUGCAUAUCUAGUAUCUAACAGAAGGCACAAACAACCUUGUUAAAUAAAAUUGUAAUAGUUAUCAAAGGUUUGAAAGACAGCUUUAUUUAAAGAAUAGACCAUCUCUCCUAAUCAACCAACAGCUCACAUUCAAAGAGAAACUAAAAUAUCCAGAGUGGUUUAAAAAUCAGUAAAUAACAGUAAUCGGAGAUAUUUUGGGUAAUGGAGGAAAAAUUUCUGACUUGAAUGAAAAUGGGUUCAUUACUGAAAAUGUUUCAAUAAUACAAUGAAUACAAGAAUACAGAUCUUCUGAGGCCUUGCAGUUUUCAUGGGGUGAAGCAGGGUUUAUUGGCUCUGCUCUGUUCUCAGGUGUUACACGGUUAGAGCGGGCUGGUGGGGUCACUUGUGUUUAUUAUUUAUUGAGUCCAAUGAAACUGCUAGUUUGGAAUUUUUCUUAAACCUUGUAUUAAUAAAAAUACUUCAGUGAUAAGACAUUUCAAUCCUCCUGAAGAUCCAUCUGAUCUCUGCCUACCUUGUCCCCAUGCACUUCAUAGGGCAUCCUUCCUCCACACUGGGAUUACUAUGAACACAAGAAAAACAACACACAAACCAUACUGGAAAUAUUUGGUUCUUUUUAAUUAGCUAUUGAUGGUUAUAAUAAAAUAAUUUCAAGUGAUACCUAAUUUAAGCAUUUAAUAGUCCAUGGAGGAUAAUCUACAGCACGAUGUAAAGCCUACCUGCCAAAUAAUACCGCUUUGUUUUCUCAAUAAAGGAGAGAUGAACUCAUGAUCAAAAUUAUGGCUGACAAUUGGGGUUCAUGUGGGUAUUUAUGAGUCGGUCAUUUUGUAGAUAUACUGGCAGGCACAAUGUUGAAAGUCAACCCACUGUUCUUAGAAAUAACAGUAUACUUAAAAAAUAAAAAGAAAAGAUAUACAUUUGAUUGAGCUCAUACCUGAAAACAAACAAAAGUAUUCACCAAAUAUCACAACAGAUUUUUUAAUAAUUAUUUUUUAACAUUAAGAUUGUUAUUAUAGGGAAACAUCUCUUUGAACACUGAAUUAAAUGUUCAUUGUAUUAAAUAACUGUAGAGAGAAUUAAGUUCUGUGCUCUAUACAAAUGAAAGGUUCCAUGAACAUACUCCCCCCCACCAAACCAAAGCUCAAUUUUGCAAUGGCCUCAGCAGAAAAUAAGCAGUUCACAAUUUAAACAGAAUUCAUAGCAUUACAAAAAUUGACAGAACCCCUAUCUUUUCAUUUUUCUU